AUGCCUCUUAGAGUCGAAAAGAAAGAUCUGUCUGGAUUGACUGUAUUAAUUACAGGUGCUAACGUUGGCAUCGGCUUGGAAACCACAAGAAUGCUAUCGGAAAUGGGCGCUCAAGUUACUAUUGCUUGUCGAAAUGCAAAAAAAGCCGAAGCCGCUGCUGAAGACAUCGAGAAGACAACAGGAAAUAGACCUGAUACAGCAUUACUCGAUCUAUCCAUACUCGAAUCGACUGCUGAUUUUGUCAAGGGAUAUAUGGCAAAGCACCAGCGCCUGGAUAUUUUAAUCAACAAUGCAGGUGUGGUUUCUACGGAAAAGGCACAAGAUGGAUUGACGCAAGAUGGGUUUGAAAUAGACUUUCAAGUCAACCAUCUUUCUCAUUUCUUUAUGACCGUUCGCCUAUUGCCACUGAUAAAAUAUGCUUCUCAACACAAGGUCAAUGAUUUUAUACCGCGAGUCGUUGUUCUUGGCUCUAACGCAGCGAAGGUUGGAAAAAUCGAUUAUGAUUACCUGCAAAAUGGAGAUAAGCUGCCCUUCUUUUUCGACCGAUAUGCAAACUCUAAACUGAUGAACGCCAUGUUUACCAAAAAGCUUGCCGAAAAAGUUAAAGACGAUGGCAUUGUCGCUCAUUUUGUACAUCCUGGGCUUGUGGCUUCAGUUCGUUUAUUAGUCAAGGCAACUGCUCGCAGCAAUGUUCAAGGUGCAAUGACCAGCGUACAUGUAGCAAUUUCAGACGAAGCCACAAAGUCAAGUGGGAAAUAUUGGGACUCUUGCAAGAUAGCUGAGUACCCAAACAAAUUGAUGACCGACGAGAUUAGUUUGAACGACCUUUGGAGUAAAUCUGUACAAUAUAUGAAAGAGAAAGGUUUUGAGGUUGAAGAAUAG